UUAGCAAAGCUGCAGCUGGCUCAACUUUAGCAGCACGCUUUUCCCUUAACAACAUAACUAACAUCAACAACAUGCAUGAUAGUGUUUAAUGGUUGAGGAGAAAUUGACUACUUUUUAAGAAACGUGUGUGACAAUGCCUAACCACUUGUAUAAUCUGUUUGCAUACACUUCAAACAGACGUACAUACCCCAUCAGACAUGUGACGAUGGAUUUCGUCACGAUACCCAAACAAACAAAAAACACUAAAUGCGUCGCUCAGUUAUGUAUCAAGUCAUUGUGGAAAGCUCAGCCACCAGAGUCUACUCUGGCAAAAACUGCUGUGCUGUGGGCAGACUGACGCAGAGAGAACCAUGAUUCUGCUGACUCCAUCCUCUGAUGAAGAGUCUGUUGAACUCGACUGGCUUUGGAAUCACACGAAGUUCUGUGUGCAAAACAGAAUACACACCAAUAAGCUCUUUCUGAGCGAGCAGGCCACUGGUGUCCAGCUCAAGGAGUUUGUACGCAAAAAUGCAGCCAAUGCUCUGUCUAUGGCAAACAUGCUUAUGGGCAUGGCCUCUAUUCUCUGCAGCCUGAACGGCCACCAACAUGCUGCCUGCUGGCUGGUCCUGAUUGGCUACCUGCUGGACUUGGCAGACGGGGCAGUUGCCAGGCGACUGGAUGCAUGCUCUGCACUAGGUGCUAAACUGGAUGAUUUUGCAGAUUUCACAACCUUUGGGAUUGCAACUUCAUUGCUCCUGAGGACACAUGCCUUAAUGGACAACAUCCUGUGCAUGUGCUAUGUCCUGUCUGUGAUUGUCCGACUCUGCUUCUUCUCCAGCGGCAUCCCCUUCAUGUACCGUGGCCUGCCAUGUAUCUACUCUUCUGCCAUCCUUGCCUGUCUCUCCCUGCUGACCGGAGGUAACAUGGUGAUCCUGCGGGUCACUGCUGUGGCCAUGAUCCUCUUCAUGGUCAACCAGGGAUUCUACCCUCACGACAGGGUCCUGGAGUCACAGGCCUGGAAGAAGGUGGUCUACGCUGGAGGGGUUGUCAUGGUGUUCUGUUCCUCUUUCCCUCCGGCAUGUGUGUACUACCUGUUGUGGUCUGUGUCCUACAUUUUGUUCCCAACAACACUAUGGAGCUGCAAAGUGUAGUAGGCAUUAAAGGCCUUGCUACAAAUUCACACUCGCACAUGGCUUGUCAACAGGCUGUCCAGUGGGGUUAACUAAAGCACCCAGACUGCUGCUGCCUACAGCAGAUCGAAACCGGACGUAAGAGGACGUUGUAAUGUUUUUGUAAGAUUGAACUGCCUUCUUCAUCAUGAACACUUGAUGGAUAAUGUACUGUACCUUAGCCAUUUUGUUUUUGAAUAAGAUAGGGUUUGGGUAUCUGUAGCUAUUAUGUUUGUACAAUACAACUGCAGAGUCGUACUGUACUGCCUAGUGUGUGUGUGUGUGUGUGUGUGUGUGUGUACUGUAUCAUCCUUAUGCACAAAUUGUGCUUGAGAUUACUUCAACAAUAAUACAAAAAAGUAUUUUCAGUGAUUAAUAAAGUCAUUGAGUAGCAGUUUCUACUGUAAAGAAUAAGAAAAUGUCAACAGUUUUUGCAGUAAAAAAAAACAUGGCCCCCUUUUUUUAUUUUUCUGAACAUAGAUUCAAACUAGAUUCAAACAUGUGGCAUGCUCUCAAUUUGUAAGAUAUUUGUAAUACAAAAAAGUUUCAUUAUAAUGCAGAAACAAACGAAGUCCAUUAAAUCAUGUUUUUUUAAAUUAUGGAAGACACUACCAUCUCAAGAUCUUAUGUUCUACUGUACUUAAAAUAACUACCAAAGUGAUUGUACAUAAGAAUUGUGUGUGGAUAUGGGAUUGUUGAGAAAUAUUGUUUUUUUAUUUUCCCAUCAACUGCAUUCUUUAAUUGGAAUAGUAUUUUUUUCUUCUUUAAAAUGUUCUAGCCAUUUUCAGACAAGAUUAGUUUGCUUUUAUUGCUAGCAAAAUGUAAUAGUGCUUUAAUUUAAGAGUGUUUACGUUCCCACCAGAUAUACAGUGCCCUCUGUAAUUAUUGGGACAAUUAAGCAUUUUUUCUUCUUUUGGCUCUAUACUUGGUUUGGAUUUGAACUCAAACAAUGACUAUGAGGUUAAAGUGCAGACCGUCAGCUUUAAUGUGAAGGUAUUUCAUCCAUACUGGGUGAACUGUUUAGGAAUGACAUCACUUUUUCAACAACAAAAACAACAAAUUCCCGGGUGUAGUAAAACAUGACAUUUUGGUCCCAUAUUUGUAGCACGCAAUAAUUACAUCAAGCUUUUGACUCUAAAAAAUGUUGGAUGCAUUUGCUGUUUUGUUUUGGUUGUUUCAUAUGGUUUUGUGCCCAAUAGAAAUGAAUGAUACAUGAUGUAUUGUGUCAUUGGAGUCACUUUUCCUGUGAAUAGAAAUGUUUCUAAGCACUUGGUAGAACACAUUGUAGCACAGAUAAUCAUGAAUGAGUCGUGAAUAAAAAUGAUAACUGCCCCUGUUAUUGUAAUGGUGAAAGUUUAGCAUGUCUCUUGUGGGGUCUGAUACUUUUUCUCUCAUUAUUCAUGGUUCAUUCGGGAUUAUCUGUAAUCGUGGUAGCAUCCACAUUGAUAUAGAAGUGUUUAGAAACAUAUUAUUUUCAAUAAAAGUCAAACAAAUUACACAAUACAUUAUUUACCAUUAAUUUCUAUUGGGCAGAAAAUAAUCUAAACACAACUAAAACAAAGAGCAAAUGCAUCCAACAAAAUUGUAGUCACACGCUUGACGUAUUCAUGGUGUUCUAUGAAUAUGGGACCAAAUAGUACUUUUUACUACUUUAAUACACAAGUGAAUUUGUCCCUCCCAUUUUAGGGGAGCAAUGUACAAAACGUCCUGUCAUUUCUAAACGGUGAACCUGCUAUGGAUUAAAUACCCUCAAGUUAAAGCUGAGGGUCUGCACUUUAACCUCAGUGUCAUUGUAUGAUUUCAAAUCCAAACUUUUGGAGUAUAGAGUCAAUAGAAGAAAAUGCUUCACUGUUCCAAUAAUUACAGAAGGCACUGUAUAUUAAAAUGAUCAUAGGCUAGCUAUGGUGAAUACAAUAAUGGGCAUUCAUAUAAAAUGACUGGGUUCUCAGUUCUCUUAUUAAAUGCCCACACCAGUAGAAAUCCACUUUCUUCGAGCUGACCCAUGCAGUUUGACAAUGAUUUAAGUCCAAGUAUAUUUGUGCUUGAAGUGACAUCUGAACUGCCCACUUUUCCCAAAUCCGUGUGAAUGCGGUGUCUUUUCCUAUGAUGUACACAUUAUUUUCAGCCUCCGUUUUGUUUCAGGGCUGGGUUUUAUUUGAACGUUACCACCCACUACCAGCAUGGCUUUGUUUAUGAUUUAGAAACCGCUGCAAAAGUUAUUCAUCUUGGACCAUGUUGAGCCAAACAGUCCUCUGUCCACUUGACUGCCUGAACCAUGGAGCAUAUUAAAAUACUUGUUUUUAUUUUACCAUAAAAUUAUCAUAAGCCAUUGGAUAAUUUUGUUGAUUUUCGCUGUAUUAUAUGAAACCACAAAUGUCUAUACAGAUAAUGAUAGUGGACCCGCAAAAAAAAUAAUUUUAGGAACUUCUAGACGAAUUGGUUUUUUAGCCACAAAACCGCCGCUUAUGGGGUAUAAUAGACGGGGUUAGCUUAGAUUGCUGCCAACAAAACUAUAUUUCAUCUCCAAUGUUUAUUGAAAAUAUAAAUACAUUUUCACAAUGAACACGUGUCUCUCAUACAUCGUUGUUGGUUAGCUAACAAGCGACUUUUAGCCAAAUUAGCAUGAUAUGAAAUCAGUCGAAACACUUCAAAACAAGGCACGGUAUCAAGAACAAAAAACUAGCUGAAACGAGCCAUUUACGAUUCCCCACACAUGGUAGUCUCAUUGUUGCUAGCUAUCUGCCCAUCCAGAAUCACGACACACGGACUUCUGCCCCAUUGAAGCGUGCAUUGUUGUCGCGACGUCAGUUAACCCAUCUAAAGUUACAUGUAAUGUGUGGCGUGUCAUUUCACUUCCCCUGUGAGAACCAUGAGCACGGACAGACUUGGUUUUGCAGUGCCGCAGCUGAAACCUGCCAGCAGCCUACCGAACAAAGUUUGCACCGUGCCCAUUACAAUGUAGACAAACGCAUAUCACCUAUCUUUCAAUAUUCAUUCGAACUAUUUCAAUGGCGGAUUCGCAGAUGCAAUUUAUGGACGAUGCCAAAACUUGAGAUAACAUAUGGCGAAGUCAAAGAUAAGCCAGUGGUUUCCAUCUGUGGCAAAGUUGUCCCUAAACCAAUGCUUAUGACAAAUCCAGCUCCAGAACGAGCUUUAGAGCCGGCUGGCUAAUCCUUUGAAUAAGGUGUGGUAAAACACACGAGGGUAGAAAGACCGCUGUCAGUGUCCUUAUUCGUUGAUGUUUAUCAACUCCACAUAGACAGUCCCACCCUCAAUUUGCGAAUAUGUAUGUAUAUGUAUCCUUCGUCAUUCUUCGGUGGUCGACCCUAAAUGUGCAUUUCCUCUUUGUAUCCUUCGUCAUUCUUCGGUGGUCGACCCUAAAUGUGCAUUUCCUCUUUAGGAUGGGAAAUUACGUUGAAAUACUGGCGGAAACUUCCUCUGGGGGGGGGGGGCUCCUUUAAAGCAGAGGUUCCCAAACCUUUUCACUCAGGCCCCCCUUCUAGCAUUGGCGAACACCCUGCGCCCUGUAUAUUUCUAUGGGCACAAGCACUAUUCAUGACAUAAACUGUUCACACCCCUCUUGUUGGCAGAGAGAAUGAUAUGUCUAUGUAUUCAUGUGAUAUUUGAAAGAUUCAAACAUUACAACAAAAUCUAUGGGCAAAGAAACCUAGAAACGUUAGCUGACAUGGGCUAGUUGAUCUGGACAUUCCCGAUAAGUUAUAAAUAGCUCACUAAGCAAGGUAUUCAAUGACACAUGAAAACUGAUGAUGCAUUUCGACAUUUCACCUUGUGCAUUCUACUAAUACUCUUGAAAGUUGUAAGUUGAAAGCCGGACUGCUUUCCCCUUGGGUGAGCCUCACAGUUUGGGAACCACUGCUUUAAAGGCCCAGUGCAGUAAAAAACAUGAAUUUCCUGUGUGAUAUAUGUCCACACUACAAGGUUGGAAUAAUACAGUAAAAUUGUGAAAAUGAUAAUCGCCUUUUAGUUUCAGAGCUGUUUGAAAAGAGCCUGUUUUGGUGGGUUGGAGUUUUGGCCUGCCUGGUGACAUCACCAGACAGUAAAUUAGUUAAUUGACCAAUAAGAAAGAGUUCCAAUUCUCUCUGCCAAUAACAGUGAGUUUCCCUCUCCCCACUCUGACAGUCCUUUUAAUUUGACUUACACAUGACAUUGUGGUCAGACUUGUGAACAUAGCUUUAUAUUUGGUGUUUGUGCACCUCUGCUUCUGUUUUAGAAGGCGUUACAUAAUUUAAUUGCUUUUAUUAACCUUAGGUACAGUGAAUAGUUAAACUUUUGUUUUUAGUUCAGUUGAUAACCUGUACCCUUUAACACUAUAGUGCCAGCCCAAACCAUUCUGUGCUGGCUUAGAUGUAUUCCUUUCCCACUGUCAUUUCCACUACGAUUUCAACAACUAUAGUGGGUGUGUAACCAGUCCUGCACAGAUCAUCUUGGCUUGGUUUGGCUCACCUCAGCUCAGUAGUGUGAAAAAGUUUUGCAGUUACUUUUAAGCGUGAGUCAUGAGGACAAAAUGUUGUCCGGAAUAUUCCUGUUCUUGAUCCAUUUCCGCAUGCCUCUGUGUGUUAUUCUGAAAAUGGUGGUUUGUACCUCUCUUUAGAAUUUGAGAUAUGAGUGUGCGUUGGAGACAAUAUGAUGAUGGGUUUUAAGAGACAAUAGCAACAGGACAGUAAAACUAUAAAUGUCACCUCCACGCCAUCCAAACGGCUUGUUUGUUGGCAUCGAGAUCAAUGAUAAGCAAUGUUAUGAAAAUCAACAGUGUUGAGUGUGUGCAGUACAGUUUUACAUAUCGUGAUCACAGUGACUUCAAGACAGUCUCAUUGUGGGCAUUAACUGUAUGGCUACAAUAUUACAUGUCUCAUUACUACUGUUAAAGGCACAGGAGUGAUCCUCACCAAAUUAUAAACUAGUAAAACAUCUUAUGAAGAUCUCUAUUUUAAAUUCUGUAAAUGUUUUGACAAUUAAAGUGGUGAUAUAAUGA